CAAAUCACUGCCAGGACUGGUCCCGCAAGUCAACAUGGCAGAAGUACCCCAGGAGGCAGCCAGCUCUCAAACGGAGGACAACUCCAAGACGGCAUCCACCUCCCAAACUGCAACCAACUCCCUCCUCACCGACUUCAAAUUCACCCGCCUCCUCAACACCACCUCUCAAGGCCGCCGCAUCAUCCUCCUCGGAACAAUCAGCUCCCAGCCAGCCCUCCUCAUCGCCGAACGCGGCGCCUUCUCCACGGACCCACGACACCUCACCUCUCUCCCCAAACUCCUCUCCCACAUCCAAAACCUCGGCGACAACGACAUCUACCGCUGGUACCUCGCCUCCAGCACCCCCACCAAGACCCUCGACAACCCCACCCCUCCCGACCUCAAACUCAACCUCAUCUACCCGUGCACAGAAAAGCACAUCCAGAAACACUCCUUCCAACAAGUCCGCUACGUCGUCGAAACCCCCGAAAUCUACUCCAAGUAUGUACGUCCGUACAUGCGUCUAUGCCGGGAAGAAGGGCGUUUAAACUGGGUCUUCAACAUCCUCGAAGGCCGCAAAGAACAAGAAAACGUCCUCUUCCGCUCCGCCGAGUCGGAUCCUCAAGACGACUUCCUCCUCCUCCCGGAUUUGAACUGGGAUCGCCAAACGGAGUCGUCACUGCACCUCCUCGCUCUCGUCUCCCGUCGCGAUAUCUGGUCCGUGCGAGACCUGAAGAAGUCUUCCGUCCCUUGGCUGCGACAUCUCCGCUCUACCCUUGCUACGACGGUGGCGGGAAUGUACCCCGAUGUGGAAGUCGAUAUGUUGAAAUUCUAUGUGCAUUACCAGCCCACGUAUUAUCAUUUCCAUAUCCACAUCGUGCAUGUCAACCUCGAUGCGACGGGGACGCAAGCGAUUGGCAAAGCGUUGGGGUUGGAUCAUGUGAUUUCUCAACUGGAACAUAUGGAAGGUGGGGACGAGGAGGCGGGCAUGCAGAUGGUGGAGUUGGGGUAUACGAUCGGGGAGGCGAGUGAAUUGUGGACGAGGAUUUAUUUGCCGUUGAAGGAGGGGAGGGAGCCGAUGGUGAGCGGGGACUCUGAGCCAACUGGCAGUGGCUGA